GUGUUUAGUUUUGAAGAGUCAGCGGAGUCAUGCAGCAGCUUCUAUUACUCCUCCUUUUUGCACUGGUAUUGAGUUGUCAGGCGGCGUCGGUGAAACGUCAGCCAGACAGUCGGAUUGUCAAUGGCCGAGAUGCUGGGGACGGGGAGUUUCCAUAUCAGUUAUCGUUACGUCGCCAAUCGGUACACAUAUGUGGGGCUUCUGUAAUAAGCGGAAACUGGGCCAUAACAGCGGCUCAUUGCAUUGACGGACACGAAAGAAGCCCACAGGAAUUUACCCUGCGGUUGGGAAGUGUUCUACGAUCCGUGGGCGGAGAUGUCCAAAAAGUUUUGGCCAUAUACAAACAUCCAUCAUACGAUGCAAAGGAUAUGAACUUUGAUGUUGCCCUUCUUCGGACUGCAGCUGAAACCUUAACCUCCACCAAUGGUAAAGUGGCUCCCAUUCGCUUGCCCUCAAUAGGAGAAGCAAUUAAUGAUAGUAUGCCUGCCAUUGUAUCUGGAUGGGGACAUAUGAGCACAACAGAUCCGAUACUGUCUUCCGUAUUAAAGAGUACCACUGUUCUAACUGUGAAUCAGCAGAAAUGCCACAACGACCUGAAAUUCCAUGGGGGCGUGACUGAAGCCAUGUUCUGUGCGGCAGCUCGUAACACGGAUGCUUGUCAGGGCGACAGUGGUGGUCCAAUCAGUGCUCAAAAUACCCUUAUCGGCAUUGUGUCCUGGGGCGUAGGAUGCGCGGAUCCGUACUACCCGGGAGUCUACACUCGCUUGUCUCAUCCCACAAUUAGGCGUUGGAUUCGUUUAUUAACAAAAUUGUGAAACCUAACUAAUAGUCAAUAAACAAAUUGCGUGAUAAAAUGAA